CUUGGGAUUCCAUAUCUGACGGGGCACCCGUUUGACGGGUAUACCAUCCUCAUCUCUCUCUCCCCCUUUUUUCAGCAACGAGACAACCCCACUUUCAAAUUCAUAGAACUCCGAAGCAUCUAAGAAACCUUUUGGAAAGCUCCUCCGCUUUUUGAGUCCGUACAUGUUCUUCGAUUGAUCCAGAUACAUAAAUAUAUUCCCUUGUAUUUCUAUUGUCUCCCAAAUCUUGAUGGGCUAUCUAUCUUGUAAAGCUGAAUCAGCAAUCUCAGUCUCCAAUUCCCAGUCCUCAAGAAAAACCCAUUUCAAUGACAAAAAACCCAUCAAAAUCCAACAGUUCGAGUACAGUGACCUCGAAGCCGCCACCAAUGGCUUCUCCAACAAGAACUUUCUAGGCAAAGGCAGCCAUGGCCUCGUCUACAAGGCCCUCCUCGGCAACGGCCGCCUCGUCGCCGUCAAGAAGCCCUCCAGAGGCACCAGACUCUCCUCCGACAACUCCAACGAAGUCGAGAACGAAAUCGAGAUCCUCUCCAAGCUCCACAACCCAAGACUCGUCAAUUUGUUGGGUUUCACAAACGACCCAAGUGACAGACUCUUGGUGGUCGAGUUCAUGAGCAAUGGCACUCUCUAUGAUCUUCUUCAUUCGAGUCCUCGGCCUCCCAAUUGGGGCCGAAGAAUUCGACUCGCUUUACAGAUUGCAAAAGCCAUCGACACCCUCCAUUCUUCAGUUCCUCCUGUGAUCCACCGAGAUGUAAAGUCUGCCAAUGUGUUGAUUGAUCGCAAUUUCAGUGCCCGGUUGGGCGAUUUCGGGUUGGCUGUCCAGUGCCAUGUUGAUGAUUUUCGACUCCGGUCAACUCCACCGGCAGGUACAAUUGGGUAUCUUGAUCCAUGCUAUGUAACUCCUGAUAAUUUGAGUACUAAAACUGAUGUUUUUAGCUUUGGUAUAUUAUUGCUGGAGAUUAUUAGUGGUAGGAAGGCAAUUGAUGUUGGGCAUUCGCCUCCUUCGGUUGUGGAUUGGGCUAUUCCGUUGAUAAGGAGAGGGAAGCUUUUGGGUAUAUAUGAUCCGAGGAUUGAGCUUCCGAAGGACUCUUUGGUGGGGAAGCAAUUGGCAGUGAUUGCAGCCAAAUGUGUGAGGUCUUGUAGGGAGAGGAGGCCGUCGAUGAAGGAGGUUGUGGAGGGCCUUAGUGGGUUGAGUAAAUUGGUUCCGCUUCAUUCGUGGAAUGGUUUUAGUAAUCCAUGCUUGAUGGUUGAAACGGUGGGGCACCCAGUUGAAUCUGGGAAUACCCAGUUGAAUUUGAGGUCAAAGGGUGUUGAAGAAGGGAAUUUGGGGGGCAUAGAUUCUAAGUCUGGUAAGCAUUUGAGGAAUUCAAGGAGAGUCUACUCUGAUUUGGGUUUUCGAAAUAAUUUGAUGGAUCUCAUGGCUGGAGCUGAUGGUGAGUCUGAGUUUAAAUCGAAAUCAGUAAAUGGAGGCUCUAGUUUUAGAACUGAAAGUGGAAGAUCUAUUGGCAGGGGAAGAACACAGCUUCUGCCACGUGGUAAUGAUAAGGGAAGUGUCUUUGGAUUGAGGCGAAACAAAUCGGUUGGGGAGAAUUCAAGUGUAUAUUCUAGAGGAGAAAACAUGAUUGCUCAAUCGAGUUUUAGUUCUAAGGCAGCUGAUCAUAGCUAGUUCAUUGUAGAAACUCUGUUUGGAGGUUCAUUUGGGGUCUCUUGCUGACUCAAUAACUCAGCAAAGCUGAAGCAUUUAAGCUUCCCUUGCUUGCAAAUCACCCCAAUGUAGACUGACUAUUUUAUGGUUUUCAUGCAAUUGAUUUUAAAGUUUUGGAAUUUGUUAAUCCAUUAUGUAGCAGAAGGGCAAAUUGACGAUGAGCCUUUCGCGAGAUGUUAAUCCAUUCCUUUGUUUUGUUCAGUAUACGAAGUCAAUGAAUAACAGAACAGAAUGCUGCUAAAGACUUGAAAAUUUCGAUCUUUUUCUUUUCCUUGUUGUCACCAUUUGUACAUUAAGCAUAACUUAAAUCAGUGUUGGACGUGGUUUUA